CAAAGCCCUUGAGGAGACGAUGAGUGUUCGUUUAUCAGUGGGGACAAGAAAACCACGCUGUCUAACUGGGUUUGUUCCAGGCUUUUGACCCAAUAAGAAGCCUUCGCCUCCCGACGUUCAGACUGCCUGACAGAUCAAGCCCCCCUCUGCUGGAACGUUUUUAUCCCCCCAGAGCCCGGGACAUAAUGUGACACGUCUCGAUCCUCCCACCGCUGAGUGACUGAUUUACACCAAGGCCACCAUGCAAGAGUGCCACACCGCGUUAUGCCUGUCAGUCUACAUCAUCGCCUUCGUGACGGGCUUCCCAGCCAAUAUUCUUGCCUUCUACACUUUCAGCAAGAAAGUGAGGCAGAAAAGCACGCCCAUCGACAUCCUGCUCCUCAACCUGACCAUCUCCGACCUCCUCUUUCUCCUCUUCCUGCCUUUCAAGAUGCAGGAGGUGCUGAACAACAUGAUGUGGGAGAUGCCCUACGCCCUCUGUCCGCUGUCUGGUUUCAUCUUCUACAUGACCAUCUACAACAGCACCUUCUUCCUCACUGCUGUCAGUGUGGAGCGCUACCUGGGCGUCGCGUUCCCCAUCCAGCACAGCCUGAAGCGUCGGCCGAUCUAUGCAGUGGCUGCCAGCAUCUUUUGCUGGAUCUUCUGCUUCCUCCACCUGAGCAUUGUCUUCAUCAUUCCCUUAAUCGGCCCGGAAAGCACUGAAAACUUUACAAAUGCCACCCAUGACCUGGGCGGCAAUGUGUGUUACGAGAACUUCACAGAGGCUCAGCUGAACGUCCUCCUUCCCGUACGUCUGGAGCUCUGCCUGGUGCUCUUCUGCAUCCCCUUCCUGAUCUGCAGCUUCUGCUACAUCAACUUCAUCCGGAUCCUCUCCAAGCUGCGCCACAUUGGCCGGCGCAGGCGUCUCCGGGCCAUUGGCCUGGCUGUAGGGACGCUGCUGGUGUUCGCUGUCUGCUUCGGCCCCUACAACGUCUCGCACAUCGUGGGUUUUAUUACAUGGAAGAGCCCCGACUGGAGAGACAAGGCCCUGCUGUGCAGCACCUUUAACGCCUGUCUAGACCCCUUUAUUUUCUACUUCUCCUCCUCUGCUGUGAGGGGGACUGUGGGAAGUGUGAUGGAGGGGGUUAAAAGACGGCUGAACAGGUGCCUGCCUUGUCACACGCUCUGGUCCUUUCGGGGAGGAAUUAACAAGACUGCAGAAGAUAAGGGACACAAACAACAAGAGAUCAAUGCUAUCUGA